ACAAAUGAACUUAACGUUUGAGCUCCGACUUGAACCUUCCACUACUGGAAUUAUAUCGCCGGGGAAAUUGAAGGAAGCCGAUUAUGCAAUACGGCGUCGUAAAUCUCUACAAAGAGUGGACAGAGAGCUCUCUAAAGGCAAUUUCAAGGAUGCGCUCUCUUUAGUCAACCAAUUGCAAGGCAAGCCCUUUGGUCUCCGUGGCUUUGGCGCUGCCAAACAGGUACCCAAAAAUCGAUUCGCAUUGGAUAGAUUUGAAUUUGAUGGGACAUGUUUAUCGCCUUUUCGAGCAUUGUUUGAUUCGGUUAUGAAUUCAAUAGAAAACCCUAAUCAGUUUCCUUUGUUAGAUGGUGAAAGUAGAAGUUCUACCUGUGAAGAAUAUCACAAUUUGUGUCUUCAACAUGAAGCUGGUCAUUUUCUGGUUGGUUACUUACUUGGGUCUCUACCAAAAAGAUAUAGAACACCAUCAAUAGAGAAACUAAGGGAUGGCAAUUUUGCCGGAGGGAAUGUAAAGUUUUUGGGAUUUGAGUUUCUUAGAGAAGUUGGUGUUGCACAGAUGCUAAGGAAAGAUAUUGUAAAAGAAGAAGCGUGCUAUAGGGGGUCUUGUAUCAUGCAGGGAAAUAGAGGCAAAAUUUCAUCCAAGACUCUGAACAAUUUUUCAUGCAUAACAUUAGGAGGCUUGGUGGUGGAGCACCUUGCAUUUGGGCAUUCUGAAGGACAUUAUUCUGAUGUUGUCAAGGAACAGUUGGACAGCACACUUAAAUGGUUGGAGUUGUCUGAGGAUGAAGCAAAUUUCCAAGUGAGAUGGGCUGCAGUAAACACCAUCGCUAUAUUGAAUCGGCAUUAUAAAGCCAGAUUGAAGUUGGUAGAAGCAAUGGCACGCGGGCAGUCAGUUGGCUGCUGUAUUGAUGCAAUUGAGAAUGGAAUUGAUAGAAUAGCAAUUUAACAAGCAUAUCAACCGGCAUUGUAUCGCCUGCUGGCCUCCAAUUCUCUAACUAAGAGCGGAAGCUGCUGCAUUAUGGCACAGAUGGUCGUUCAAGUAACAGCAUGUGCUGCCACAACUGAACGUCCCAUGCAAACAUGUGUGCAGCAGACAAUGUUGCUACUGCAUUAUAGUUCAAGUGGCCUAAGUAAAAAAGCAUACUUUACAGAGGAUUGACUGACUAUAUGUAGAAAAAAGAGUUGGCAAUAUUUCCAGCAAUUCACAUGACAAAGGCAGCCAUGUUCUUGUUCCUGGUAACAGGGGGUUGAUUAUCCAGUUCGAUAUUAUUUGUACUCAUCUAUUGGUAAGUUUUUCAAAGUGUAGUGAUCAUGAUGAACUGUGUAAUGCAUCAAUGCUCAAGGCCAAGAGAAUUGCCUGAGAUGAGAAAUCAAAACUGGUUGAAUUUCCUUGCAGCAGGCUCAAUACCGAGCUACCACUUGAAUAAAAGCAUAUUGGCAAUCAUUAUUAUUCAA